CGUGUUGCUGCAAAAUGCGAAUUUCAGUUUUCUUGUUCUUCCGUCCAAACAAACAGAAAAAUAUACACUUCCAAUCGAUCAGGGAAGGGUACUGUGUUAUCUCAUUCCACAAGCCAUGAGGUACAUUUGCAGGACCUGUUCGCGUAUGGCCGAUCCCGCGGCAGCCAAGAAUCUCUUCGAGCCAUCAAGCUCUUCCGUUUUGCGCCAAAUAGAGACCUUAACCAAUUUGCAGCUGAAAGAGUACGACAAGUUGCCCAGGUUCAUGUGCCAGGACUGCCAGCACGACCUGCAGAUUGCCAUCGACUUUCGCCGAGUUUGCAUCGAGGCCCAAGAGCUCCUCGAACUUCAGCUGAGGCAGGUGGAAAAGGAGGAGGAGGCAUUCGAGAGCCUGGCGGAACAAUGGUUGGAUGACUGUCCGGAGGAGUUAUCCAAUUCGUCGCCAACUCUGCAGGUCUUCGAUCCUGAGCCACAAGACCAUGGUGUAAUGGCUGCCAUAGCGACCACACCAAGAACCGAGUGCAGGAAUGAAUUCCAGCCAGUGGCUAGAACGCAUAGUUUUCCAGAAGAUUCUACAGAUAGCCAGUUGUCGGAUGAGCACUUUGACAUAGUACUCUCCCCCCAAUCGGAACCGGCAAGUCCUCCAGAAAGUGAAGCUAUCGACAAUCCGGACACUUCCAGUCACACCUGCAGCAAGUGUGGCCUCGAAUUCGAAAACGUAGACGAACUGAAGCUGCACAAGUACCAUCUGCACGACGUCCCUCCAGAUACCAAGUUCGUUUGUGACCAUUGCGACGAGGGCUUCCGAUCCGCAGCCGCACUCACGCGGCACUGCAACAUAAUUAAUCUUCCAUUGACGCACCCCUGCUCCAAGUGCAAGAGCAAAUUCCACAAUCAGAUCCUGCUGCAGACCCACAAGGAGCGUUGUCCAAGGCCGGCGGCUGCCCAGCAUGUGUGCGACAUAUGUGGCAAGCGGCUGACCACGGCCUUCAAUCUGAAGAAUCACCUGGUACGCCACGCAGGAACACGACCGCACAAAUGCGGCCAGUGCAGCGCGUCCUUUUACACAGCGGCAGAACUCUGUUCCCACCAGAAAACCCACACAACCGAGCGUCCCUACACCUGUCGCUACAACUGUGGUAAAGCCUUCCGUUUUUGCAGCGCCCGCAGCAUGCACGAAAGGGUUCACAUGGACGCCAGCAAGCGUAUCUACCAGUGCGAGUACUGCCCCAAGUCAUAUGUAACACCCAGCGAGUGCAGGACCCAUCAGAAGUAUCACAACUUGACUCGCGAUCACGGUUGCGAAACAUGCCGCAUGAGCUUCAAGACAGUCAAGCACUACAGAUCCCACUUAAAGUCCAAUGCCCACAAAACUCUGGAAGCGCGCGCUAAAGCCGCUGAUUCCUCCAAUUCCGGUCGAAGAAAUUGUUCAACGAAUUGAAUUCAUUAUUGUCAGUUGCAUUUUAAUAAUAUAUACCGAAUUGAUAUUAAUAAAGCUUCCGUUCCGCAUUCA